AUGCCUCGUGAAUCUCCAACAUCACAGCCAUCUUCUACCUCUGAUUCCCUCACAAAGCUUCUCCACCUCCCCUACAAAACCCUAUCUCAGCUGCUCCUCAAAGCAGCUUUGGACCUCAAAGACGCUGUGGUGAAGGAAACAUGGGUUGCUAAAGGAAAACGUGUUGGUGAUUACAGUCUCUAUACUGGGGCUCUUGGGACUGCCUUCUUGUUGUUUAGAGCUUACCAGGUUACAGGCGACAACACUGAUCUUGCUCUUUGUUCUGAUAUCAUUAAGGCCUGCGAUUCUGCGUCCCGCAGCUCCGGGCGUGUCACUUUCAUAUGCGGACAAGCUAGUGUAUGCGCUCUUGGUGCUGUAGUAGCACAUCACAAGGGUGAUGAACAAUCAUGCCAGCAAUACAUAACACGGUUCAGAGAGAUUAAGCUUCCCAAGGAUCUUCCAGAUGAACUGUUGUAUGGCAGGGCUGGGUACUUGUGGGCAGCUGCUUUCUUGAACAAAAAUAUCAGUAGAAGCCCAAUAUCCUCCACUAGGAUGAGGACAGUCGUCGAUGAAAUUAUAGACUCAGGACGAGAACUGGCCAAGGGAAAAUGCCCAUUGAUGUUUGAAUGGCAUGGUAAAAAGUAUUGGGGAGCGGCCCAUGGGGUGGCUGGUAUUUUGAAUGUGUUAAUGGAUAUGGAUCUAAGCCAAGAUGAGCUGGACGCUGUCAAGGAAACAUUACGUUAUAUGAUUGAGAAUCCUUUCCCGAGUGGAAAUUACCCGUCAAGUGAAGGAAGUGAAACAGAUAGGCUUGUACAUUGGUGCCAUGGGGCUCCAGGUGUUGCCCUUACACUUGUUAAAGCAUACAAGGUUUAUAGAUGUGAAGAGUUUCUGCAAGCGGCAGUUGAUGCAAGUGAAGUGGUCUGGAAUCGAGGCCUUCUCAAACGAGUUGGGAUUUGUCACGGCAUAAGUGGGAAUGCGUAUGUUUUUCUUUCAUUGUACCAGCUAACAGGUAGACCAGAGUUUUUAUAUAGGGCCAAAGCAUUUGCUUGUUUUCUUCACGACCGGGCUCAAAGACUGAUAUCGGAGGGGGUCAUGCAUGGAGGAGAUUCUCCAUAUUCACUGUUUGAAGGUAUUGGUGGAAUGGCUUAUCUGUUUCUGGAUAUGAUUGAACCUUCCCAGGCUAGGUUUCCUGGUUAUGAGCUUUAA